AUGGCCACAUUCCUACGGCGCCCCGGUGGCCUUGCUCGGUACUCCAGAAGAGCUGCAGGGUCCACGGCCUUUUCGCGCACACCGUUUUCAUCCUCCUUCGCCCAAUCCAGGCUCUCGGCCUUCGUUGUCGCAAACCGCUCCAGACCAUACGCAACGAGCAGUACAGGUGGUCCGGAACCUCCCAAAGAUAAGAAGAAUGGCGAAAAGGAGACCGGAAAACACACAGAGAGCGCUACGCCGGGCCAAUCCAAUGAACCCCAAGCCAACAAAGACGCCGAAACGAAAUACGCCCUCAAUGCGGAGGAACGAGCUGAGCUCGAUAAGAUCGUCGGUCAACUCAAGGUGAACCUGCCUAAAUCGCAGGCAAAGCUCAUCGACACGGCUGCGGAGACCAUCAAGCGUGAAGGCCUGCCGGAAGAAAUCAAAGUAGCUUUAGAAGAAGUGCGGAACUCGAAACAUAUGAGCUUAUCGAAUGCUGCUAAGCUUGUACGAAUCCUCAACAAGCAUUCAGUGAAGCUUGGAUCGAAGGCGGCUGAAGAAUACCUCAAGAAUGAAUCCGGGGAGAAAAGCAAAAAGGGAGAAAGCUCAAAAGAUGAGGAAGGUUCUAAGGAACAGUCAUCGGACAAGUCGAAAAGGAAAGAGAGCCAGGAUGGAAAGGACCAAUCGAAGGGAGCUCAGUUUAAGAUCAUGGACUUCAAGUUCGACGCUGGAAAUUUCUUGGUCGCCGCUUUCAUCUCAUAUUACGUCUACCGAAGCGUUUUCCCCGGCGAAUCGUCACGAGAUAUUACGUGGCAGGAAUUUAGGAAUACCUUCUUUGACAAAGGUCUAGUCGAGAAACUUACCGUUGUCAACCGUAGCAAGGUACGGGUUGAGCUAGACCGUGAUGCUGUUGCCAAGCUAUAUCCCGAAUCCCCUGCCACCAACCUCAACUUCCACUACUAUUUCACGAUUGGCUCCGUAGAAGCGUUCGAGAGACGCUUAGACGAUGCCCAUCGAGAGCUGAAUAUUCCUAGCUCAGAACGCAUUCCGGUUGCAUAUGCUGACGAGGUCCCAUGGCUGGCUACCUUGUUGUCUUUCGGUCCUACGUUGCUUUUGAUCGGUUCAUUCUUCUGGCUGUCAAGAAGAGCAGGCGGUGCUGGAGGUGGUGGCCAGAGCGGUAUAUUUGGCAUUGGGAAGAGUCGCGCUAGGAAGUUCAACCACGAGACAGAUGUGAAGACAAAAUUCGCGGAUGUAGCCGGUAUGGAUGAAGCCAAGGUCGAAAUCAUGGAAUUCGUUAGUUUCCUCAAAAAGCCGGAGCAGUUCCAGAGGCUAGGCGCCAAAAUUCCUCGAGGGGCCAUCCUCUCAGGACCCCCAGGCACUGGUAAAACUUUACUAGCAAAGGCGACUGCCGGAGAAUCCGCUGUUCCUUUCUAUAGUGUCAGCGGUUCUGAAUUCGUGGAAAUGUUCGUUGGUGUUGGCCCAUCCCGCGUUCGUGACUUGUUUGCUACUGCCCGAAAGAAUACCCCGUGUAUUAUUUUCAUUGAUGAAAUCGACGCCAUCGGAAAGUCAAGGUCCAAGUCUAACUUUGGAGGUGGAAACGAUGAGCGAGAAAGCACCCUUAACCAGAUCCUAACUGAAAUGGAUGGGUUCAACACCUCAGAGCAGGUUGUCGUAUUGGCCGGUACCAACAGGCCCGAUGUCCUGGAUAAAGCACUGAUGCGCCCUGGACGCUUUGACCGACAUAUUGCUAUUGAUAAACCUACCAUGGACGGGCGAAAGCAAAUAUUUGGCGUUCAUCUGAAGAAGAUCGUCACCAACGAGGAUUUGGAAUACCUAAAGGGACGAUUAGCCGCCUUGACUCCUGGUUUCUCCGGUGCCGAUAUCGCGAACUGUGUCAAUGAAGCUGCGUUGGUUGCUGCCCGCGUUCACGCUGAUCACGUUGUAAUGGCGCAUUUCGAGCAAGCCAUCGAAAGGGUCGUUGGUGGUCUGGAGAAAAAAUCUCUUGUAUUAUCCCCUGUGGAGAAACGUACGGUUGCCUACCAUGAAGCUGGCCACGCCAUAUGCGGCUGGUACUUCAAGUACGCCGAUCCACUCUUGAAGGUUUCAAUUAUCCCCCGAGGCCAGGGCGCUCUAGGUUAUGCUCAGUAUCUUCCAGCACAAGGAGAUACGUACCUGAUGAACGUCCAUCAGCUUAUGGACCGCAUGGCUAUGACAUUAGGUGGGCGAGUCAGCGAGGAGCUACACUUUGAUACCGUCACAAGUGGAGCUAGCGAUGACUUCAACAAAGUCACCCGGUUGGCAACCGCCAUGGUUACGAAGUUUGGAAUGUCCCCCAAAAUUGGAACCGUAUACUUUGAAGAGGACCAACAACAACUUCAUAAGCCUUUCUCGGAGGAAACAGCCCGGAACAUCGACAUGGAAGUUCGACGUCUCGUCGAUGAAGCUUACAAGCAAUGUCGUGAUCUUCUAACCGAAAAGAAGACAGAAGUUGGUUUAGUUGCUGAAGAACUUCUUGCCAAAGAAGUACUUGGUCGCGAAGACAUGAUCAGACUCCUCGGCAAGAGGCCGUACCCAGAAUCAGGGGAGUUUGCGAAAUAUUUUGAUGGAACCGGCGGAAAGAUACAGCCUCCUCCACCAGCGGAGGCCCUAACUGACGGCCUAAAGGCAGAUGAACCCAAGCCUAAGGGUGAUUCCACAUCUACACCCCCCGUCUAA